UGCUUUCCGGUGUCCUGCCUCACAACUAAACAGCUUCCCGGGCUUGGUCUUGAACUUAGAUUUUGUUCAACCUUGUAACGGUAGAGAACCGAAUCUAUUUCCGAAAAGUGUUAGUGCCUUGUGUGCUCAGGACUUCAUCGAUCGCGCUCAUACUUUCUUCCAAGUUCAAGAUGUUGUCUCGCUGGGGAUGGACAAUACUGGCAGUGUUCCUGAUUGUGAUGAGCGGAAUCGUAAAAGCUCACAUUCAUUUCAUCAGAGUGGCACUACUGGCCAUUCUCGGCUUGGCUGGACUCUACCUCAUUCACAAACUGGCCGGAGACUACAUGAAGAUCACUGGUGGGAGGGAACUGGGACAUGCACUUGGAUUGUGGAAGCGAUCUAUUCCUGAUCAAAUGGACUACUACGAAUUGGACAGGUCACUGGGAAGUGAACACCCUUUCGAAGCAAUAUUGGCUCAGGAUCCAGUUGGCUGUGCGAGGAAGCUGGUCUGUUCCAUUUCAACCAAGAAAGACUCGAAACUUGACAAGGAGGAAAGAACUAUUCUGUCAAUGAUCAGGUCGAGCAGUUUUCUUGGAAGCGACGAUGGACACAAGGAAUUCUUGAAAGCCAUCUACAUCGGUGUCAAGUCCAAGAAUCCAGCAACAUGCACUACAGCCUAUAACAAAUGCAUUUAUUCUUACGAACAACUAGUUCAGUUCAUGAAAUCAUUCUGAUUGGAAUUUCCCAGAACUAAAUAAUCUGUGUUAAGAAUAUUGUCUGGAAACUAUUGUUGUGCUGAUACUAGCAGAUAAUUAUUCUAAUAUGUCUGAAAUAUGUGACAGUUCACUAUGUGAUGCUAAAACAUUUAGGGCCGGCUUCCGAGCUCGGGAUUCACCUAAGUUCUAGCUAGACUAUGAAUAGCUGGAUUCAGAAAAUUGGCUUUCCAUGGGGCGUAGUCGCAAUCCACGUUUAAAUUAAAUUUCAAAAACUAGAAAAUUGAACACAAAAUAAAAUAAAGAGAAAAUAGUGUAAAGUUUCAGCUAUUUUAAACUAUUUAGGAAUGUUUGAUUUCGUCAAGGAAAUUCGUUUCAAAUUAUACAUAUAAGAAAAUAAGGACUAUUUUGCUGCGACUACGCCCGGUUUUGGAAAGCCAAUUUUCUGACUCCAGCUGUUUAAAGUCUAGAACUUAGCUAAAUCCCGAGAUCGGAAACCGACCCUUAUACUGGGGAACCAGUUCAGUGAGAUAAGUAGUGAUAGCAUAAUAAUAUGCAUCUUGAUACUAAGUUACCAUUUAUGAAUGUUACCGGUACCUUCAGUCUUGGCAAAAAGAAAAUUAUGUUCAUUCUAGGGAAAAAAUCUCCAAGGAGUAGAAGUAAGAACCCAAUUAGUAGAUGGAAAUGGAUUGUGUUAAGCCAAGGAAUAGAUAAGGAGUUUAUGAUGCAUGAAAAUGAUUGUGAGAUUAUUCCCGUUUCUGAGUAGGUAGUUGUGGAGGUGAGAUUGUGGUAGUUAUCCAUACUCAUUAAAUAGACUAGAUGUUGUUCAACCAUACAUUUAAUAACAUAAAUCUGUGAGAUCUUCAAUUCGUGUUUUGAAAAAACUUGCACACAUCAUUUACAUACCAGUGGAAUGAAAAUUCUCUGGAGAAAUUGUUAGUUUUAUGUUACGAAUAAUAAUCAAAUUAUUUGAAUUUUUUCAAAGAAUUUUCAUCAUUCAAAUGAAAUCCUCUCAAUAAUAAGUGUAUCUUUCAAAACAAAAAAUAUUGCAAAAAUACUUGAUAAAAAUAAUAGAGUCCCUGUACUUUCUUGGGACGAUUUUUGAAAUAGAUGUAUCGGUAUGACUAUACAUAGACUUAAAAUCGAACUUAUACUUAAGGUGGAAUUGUAAUUCAACUUCAUUGAUUCUCUUUUUCAAAGACAGAGAAUGACACAAAAACACUGAUAAUUCAAGGAGAUCACUAUUGAAAUAAUUCUAAUUAUAACCUUAGAAUUAUUCAGAGAUGAUUAGCAUAGUAUAGUAUGGGUAUAGCUCAACCAAAUAGUUACUUGGAUAUAUUAUAGGUUUAAGAUUGUAUUAUAGCUAUUUUUAGUAUUGUAAAUAAUAGAUUCUAUGUUCGUUUAGAUUUUUCUACCAAACUCUUUCAAGUCACUUGGAGAUGAAUCCUUCAUCUCCGUUUGUUGAAAUAAAUUUCGUUUUCUAUG